CAUUGCGCAUAUUCACCAGAACACCAUCGCAACCAUGGCUCCCUCAGCAGUCCCAAUUACGAGCAUCGACAGCGCCCCUCUUCCAGUCAAAGCAGCCAACACAAAUGGCCAGGAAGUCAGCAAGAAACAAAAGAGCCCCCUCGAGAUGAUCUCGCAAGGCGUCAGCCUCCCCGGCAUCCCGACCUUUCCCAGCUACGCCGAGCACCGACAAUGGAUGCUCGAAAAGAUGGCUCUCGCCUUCCGAGUCUUCGCCCGCAAAGGAUACACAGAAGGCAUGUCAGGCCACAUCUCCGUCCGCGACCCCGAAAAUCCACACACAUUCUGGACGAAUCCGCUGGGCGUGCACUUCGGCUUGCUGAAAGCGAGCGACAUGAUCCUCGUCGACUACGACGGCAACGCCAUAGGCGGGAAUCGAAGUCGACCUGCCAAUGCAGCGGGCUUCCUGAUCCAUAGCGCGGUGCACAAAGCCCGUCCAGACGCCAUAGCCGCCUGCCACACCCACAGCCCCUACGGCAAAGCCUGGAGCACCUUCUGCCGGCCCCUAGAAAUGCUAAACCAAGACGUAACCUACUUCCACGGCGACGCACAAGCAGUGUACAAAGACUUCGGCGGCGUAGUCUUCACUGCCGAAGAAGGCGAGCGCCUAGCCGCCGCGCUCGGGCCCAAAGGCAAGGGCAUGAUCCUGCGAAACCACGGCUUGUUGACCGUGGGCGGCACGGUCGACGAAGCGUGCUACUUGUACACGCUGAUGGAGCGGAGUUGCCAGGUGCAGUUGCUGGCUGAGGCGGCGGCGGCGAAUGGUGUUCCGAAGGUGUUUGUGCCGGAGGAGAGUGCUAGGUAUACGUUUGAGAUGUCAAGUGACCCAGAAACUCUUUACUGGGAAGCGCAACCUGACAUGCAGUGGGAAGAGCAUAUGUGCAAUGGUGCACAUAGAGGGUGAUGUUGUUGAACCACGGGAUAGAUGAUGUGUUUUCAUGUCGAAGGCACUGUGGUGGGAGUAGAGUAGAGUCAUUGAAAGUGGAGUGAGCAAAGAAUAUGACAAGAGUGGAAGAUAAUCCAAGAAUGAACUAAUGAAAGACAGCGAAGACCAUAAGAGUAGAG